CGUUGCAAAUAAAGCCACCCCCCACCACACACACACCACCACCGCUCUGUCCCCCGCGCCGAUCGAUCACCAUACGAGGAGGAGAGGCCCAUGGAGGCGCACCCAACCGCCCCGCUUCCUCAAAUGGCCGGCGCCGCCGCGGCUAGAUCCUGCGCCCAUAUGACCAGUGCUCGCGGUUAGGUGUGCGCGCGCGUGCUCGGAGCAGGCUCACUUACGUGCACAGUCGUUGGCGUCUUUACGAACGUUCGGUCAUCAUGGCCGGCAUGCUCCCUGGAGUGGAGUGCGCGCGGCGGCGGCGGAUGUGGCAGGGCGGGGGCGCGGGGGCCGACCAGGCGGCCGCGGGCACGAGGCGGCUCUCGUUCUGCCUCUACGCUGCCGGGCACGGCGCCGCGCACGCCGUCGGCACCGGCAAUUCCGGCAACAAGCAGAGGAGCGGCGCCAUGGACGGGUGGGCGCUGGACAGCAAUGCCCGGGAGGCAAAGGAGAGGCUGGACCAGAAGCUCAAGAGCAAGGGCAGCGGCCCCGACACCGUCAUCAAGAGGCAUCACAGUACGGGGAGCAUAAAGCUGAGCAGAGCAAACGGAAGCGGCGGUGGUGGCGGAGGGGGCUCGUCGGCGACGGUGGCGACGGGCGUGCAGCGGGAGGUGUACUCGAAGAAGGGCGUGAUGAGGCGGCUGAUGAGGUGGAGCCGGCUGCGGUGGGAGGCCGCGGAGCAGGCGGAGUGCGCCGUGUGCCUGGACGAGUUCGCCGCGGGCGACGUCCUGGCGCACCUGCCGUGCGGCCACCGCUUCCACUGGGGCUGCGCGCUGCCCUGGCUCGAGGGCGCCGCCUCGCACUCCUGCCCGUUCUGCCGCGCCGCGGUCGACGCCGGCGCCGGCGCGCACGCCGCCUCCUAGCGACGCCCCGCCGGGCCAUCAGUUCGAUGGCCGCGCGUCGCACGAUGCCGUGACCGACCGGCCCGCGCGCACGGGAUGCAUGCGCUGCCACGGCGAAGAACCACUUGUAUUGUAGGAUGCAUCGCCGGAUCGAUGGCAGACACUUGGGAAUGCGUACGGAGAGAAGACGGCCGUGAAAGAAAUCCUCUGUCGCCGAGUUGCAUGGUUUUGGGCGCAUCCACUUACGCCAUUCCGGCGAGCGGCGGGGUGAUGAGGUUGUGUUUGGCGGCGGGUUGUCGGUUGGCAAUGUCCGUUGUGUUACACCAUCCGGUCAAGAGGGAAAAUUGUAGAUUAAGAGCUUAGUUAUAGCAAGGGUGGGAGUUCGUGCUAUUGUGGGCAUCGGUUACUCGUAUGCAACGUCGCUAGGAGAAGAUGAUGCUUUCGCCAGGUGCAUCAGCAUCAGCUGUUGAAGCCGAAGAAGGCGUGGCUGCCACUGAAGCUGACGAAACUGAAGAAGGCGUGGUUGUUGCUGAACCUGACGAAACUGAAGAACAGAAAGGGUGUUCUACUUCAAACGGCGACAACCAUACGUGAACGAGGGCAAGCUGUUGGGCCCCGGAGGUCAGACAGACCCCUUGCGUCGUCGCACAAGUAUGCUGGGAAAGAUUGGUUCACGUCAUAAGGUGGGAUUUACGUUCCUAAAUAUAGGACGUUUUGAUAGUUCAAACAUGAGAGUAUGCAAGCGAGUAUAAUUAAUCCCUGCUAUAGACAGAGCUCCCCGUUGAGUGUUUUUGGGCAUUGGGGUGGAUCGUGAAACUGUAGAACCCUCGAAACAAAUAGGCUCAUGUCCCGCUUUAUGUAUGAAGCAAAAAUCGCAGUACAGUACACGGAUCGUGUAACUGUAGAGGCCCGAAAGGGCAAACCACUCUCUCCCCUCUCUUUAAUUCCUCCUUUCUUGUAAUUCUGAAUCUGAGAUGUUGAGAUGAACCGAACAAGUAGAUCCCUAUGAUUCCCGUGAUGGUGUAGCACGUUUGUAACAAGGAUCGACUCCGAAAUACAGAACUUUGUGGACUUCGUCA